AAUAAGCCAUCCAAACAAGUGAAUUUGCUUUUUUUAAAACGCAUCACAUAAAAUACAAAGUUUGAUUAUAUAGGUAUAUAAACGAACGACCCAAAUUUAGAUAUUCAGUAUUUUGUGUUCUUUUGCGUAAAACGCACACACUUUUCGCUUUUAACUUACCAAACAUGUCGAUGGUACCUCUAAUAUUUCGAGACUGGUGGGACGAUUUCGACAUUAGCCGUCCUUCCAGACUUCUAGAUCAACAUUUUGGCACUCAACUCAAUAAAGAUGAAUUGCUGGACAGUUUUUCGUCAACUUUAAGAUCUCGGCCAUCUUUAUUGAGCCGUUAUUAUAACAGACCUUGGAGAACUGCUCUCGCCCGACAAGAUUCUGGAUCAACUAUUCAAAGUGACAAAGACAAAUUUCAAGUUAUUCUUGAUGUACAACAAUUUACCCCCAACGAAAUUACCGUUAAAACGUCCGGAAACAGCAUCGUUGUCGAAGGAAAACAUGACGAAAAACAGGACGAACACGGAUUUGUUUCUAGGCAUUUUGUUAGAAGGUACGUUUUACCUGAGGAUCAUGACAUCAACGAUGUAGUAUCCAGUCUUUCAUCGGACGGGGUGCUAACUGUAACCGCUCCGAAAAGAAAAGUACAGCAAACCGGUGAAAGAGUUGUUCCAAUCACUCAAACGGGCCCAGCCAAAGCCACAGUAACACCUUUAAUUGAAGAAAAAUCUUAAAACGAUACGCUUUUAUUAAUUUAAUUUAAGGGCAUCAUGAAUGUAAUUUAUAAAAU